CGAUUUCUAGAAAUUGAUCGAGAGCUUUAGUAAUUUCGCCAUGAGUCGAGGGUCUGGAGCUGGAUACGAUCGCCACAUCACCAUCUUCUCACCUGAAGGACGCCUCUUCCAAGUUGAGUACGCUUUCAAAGCUGUCAAGGCCGCUGGGAUCACCUCAAUUGGGGUCAGAGGGAAGGAUUCAGUGUGCGUUGUCACCCAGAAGAAAGUCCCGGAUAAGCUAUUGGAUCAGACGAGCGUGACACAUCUUUUCCCAAUUACUAAGUAUCUUGGGUUGUUGGCGACUGGGAUGACAGCUGAUGCAAAGUCUCUAGUUUCUCAAGCGAGGAACCAAGCAGCUGAGUUUCGUUUCAAGUGGGGCUAUGAAAUGCCUGUUGAUGUAUUAGCCAAAUGGAUAGCAGAUAAAUCACAAAUAUACACCCAGCAUGCUUACAUGAGACCACUUGGAGUAGCUGCGAUGAUAUUGGGUAUUGAUGAAGAAAACGGACCUCAACUUUUCAAAUGCGAUCCAGCUGGUCAUUUUUUUGGUCACAAGGCUACAAGUGCUGGCCUUAAAGAGCAAGAAGCAAUCAAUUUUUUGGAGAAAAAGAUGAAGAAUGAUCCUGCAUUUUCAUAUGAUGAGACUGUGCAGACAGCUAUAUCUGCAUUACAAUCUGUUCUUCAGGAGGACUUCAAAGCCACUGAAAUUGAGGUAAUGGUCCUGGGAAUAAGUUGGUAAAUUUUAGAGGUUAAUCUUUUAAAUAUUUAUGUGAGGCAGGCCUCCUGUGAACCAUUAGU